AUGGCACAGCAGCAGCAGCAGCGGCAGCAGCAGCAGCGGCAGCAGCAGCAGUAUGACGGCCGCGUGCAGGCGCGACAGCAGCAACAACAUUACGACCAGGGACAGCAGCAGUAUGCAGGCUACGACAGCCAGUACGACCAGCAGUACUACGAUUACAGCUACGAUCAGCAUGGAUACGAGCAGCAUGGAUGGGGUGAUGGCUACUACAAUGAUCCGCAGGCCGGACAUGGAAAUGCGCAGCAGCAGCAACACCAACAACAGCAGCAACACCAACACCAACAACAACACCAACACCAACACCAACAGCAGCAGCAACAACAACAACGACAACAAGCUGGCUACAAUGACGGUUAUGGGAGACAACCUCCACAAUCCCAAGGGCGCCGGCCACCACCACGACAAGCGCAAAAUGCACAGGACCAGGCAUACGACAACCACCAACAGCAGGAUCCCAGGAGGCCAACCGGUCGAGGAAAUGCACCGCCGCCGAAUGCGCAGCAAGAGCGCGGCGCACGGAGACCAGCAGGCUUGGAUCGCUCUCUCUUGCAGCAAAAGUCGCCCAAACGGAUACCCCAGGACAACCCAUUCCCAGCCUUUCCUGUCCAGAACGCAAAAAAAGCGCCCCCAAAAGACAGUCUGGACCAAGCCAUGUCACAAGUGGACAUCAACGGCAGCGCGCCACAGGAGAGGCAACGACGCCCUUCAGCACGAGCACAGGGCAUGCAUCCGGAGGAUCGAGGUCCGCAGCCUGGGAGACCAGGACAAAAUGGCAGAGCAGACUCCGGGCAGUUCGAGGGCAACGCCCAGGGCCAGCGUCAGCCACCGCCGAAUCGCAUGCCCCAAGGGCAGCGACCACCGCCCAUGGACAUGGAUGGCAAUAGAGGGCCCCCUCUCCUACGGCAACAGGGACCGAGGUCACCCUCACAGCAGAUGUUUGGACCUGGCACGCAGCGUGCGGUGACGAUGCCCCAGAACAUUGACACAAACAAGCAGCAAUGGGCCGAUUCUGGCGCCUUGGAUAGCUACCACGGCCCUGAGUCGCCUUCGUACAUCCCUCCCAGGCCCUCGACCGCUGGUAGCAACAGGCAGAAUGCACCUCCCAGACAGCCACAACAGCAGCCCCCCAUGCCACGAAUGCAGACCCAACAGCAGCAGUAUGUCACGCCAAGUCAGCAACUGCCCUCGCCAGACGACCAUCGUCCCACCCUUGACACCUUCUACGAUGACUACUACCAACAGGACAACAAGAGGAAGAGCAUAGCUUCGACGAUAGACAUGCCUAAUUUUGAUGCAAUACCAGAGACGAGCCGCGGCCACAGGCGGGGUGACUCGAUAGACAAUCAUAUAUCGCCCACAAAUUUCAGCGGGCCGCAACAAAGUACCGUAGGUGUGAUGGAUGCAGUUCCUGCUUCAAGCAAUUUUCAGCAGCACUCGUUGCGGAGCAGGUCGCAGCCUGAUCUGAACGCGCAAUACAAAGGUGCCUAUGAAAUGGCUGCGGACGCUCCUCCCAUGCCUGCGCCGUCUAGAGCGAACACAGGUUUCGCGGACCGUAGUGGGCUACCGAGUGGACCUCGAGGACGAGGCCGGCCUCCACCUGGUACAACUCCGGACGGUAUGCCAUCGAAUCCAGGUUACAACGCAAACCAGCAACCACCUUUUGACCCUCGAUACGGACGAGGCCCGCCACCAGCUCAAAGAGGCUAUUCAGAUAAUUCAGUUUACUCGGAGCCAGCACCGAACACCAUGAGAAACGCCUCUUCGCCACUGCCUGGCAGCCCCAUGGUCCGGCCUGGGACAGCAGCACCUGCACCCGGGCGUCACCCGAGCGAUCCAUUGGGUCGACGACCAGGCACGACUCAACCACAGAUGAACCCGGAUGCACUACCAGCACAUCCAGUUCCUGUACGAGCCGGACUUGUGCAACAGCAGCAACCACAAUGGCAGCAGACCAUUGCUUCGAGGCCACCACCAAUUCGACAGUAUAACAGCGACCAGUCCCGGACCAGUCUCGAAAGUCAGCACUCCAUCGCCCAGCGGUCCCAAGGCCAGCGGCGCAGCUCUAUACCGCAUCCUGUAACGUACGAUGAGCUCAAUCGGCUACGCAAAAUUUGGAAGGAUAACCCUUCAGAUGAGGCUUCCGGCCUGAAACUAGCAAAAAAGCUAGUGGAAGCUGCAAGUGUGCUAGCAGAUGAGAACGGGACAGCGGACAAGCGUGCGCGUGACAGGAACAAGGAGAAGUUCGUUCUCGAAGUACAUAAGAUCGUAAAGAAGCUAGCGCAACACCAAUAUGUCGAAGCAAUGUUCUACCUUGCAGAUUGCUACGGCCAAGGACUCCUCGGCCUGCAAGUCGACAUGAAGGAAGCGUUCACGUUAUAUCAGUCGGCCGCUAAAGCUGGUCACGCCGCAAGUGCCUACCGGACCGCCGUCUGCUGCGAAAUGGGCCAUGAAGACGGUGGUGGAACGAAGCGAGAUCCGCUGAAAGCAGUGCAAUGGUACCGCCGUGCCGCAGCUCUAGGCGACACCCCAGCGCUCUACAAGAUGGGAAUGAUCCUCCUCAAGGGCUUGUUGGGACAACAGAAGAACCAGGGCGAAGCGAUCAACAUGCUUCAGCGAGCCGCCAACAGCGCUGACAGAGAUAAUCCUCACGCCCUCCAUGAACUGGCGCUCAUCUACGACCAACCAGCUAACGGGAACGAACGCGUCAUUCCGGAUGAAGCCUACUCCCUGCAACUCUUCAUGCAAGCCGCAGACCUAGGCUACAAAUUCUCGCAAUUUAGACUCGGUCAGGCGUACGAGUACGGAUUACUGGGCUGCCCCAUCGAUCCGAGAACGAGUAUCGGGUGGUACACGAAAGCCGCAGCACAAGAAGAGCAUCAAAGUGAGCUUGCGCUUUCAGGGUGGUACCUCACCGGCAUAGAAGGCGUGCUGCAGCAGAGCGACACCGAAGCGUACCUGUGGGCGAGAAAGGCAGCGUGUGCAGAGCCUCCGCUGCCAAAGGCGUUGUUUGCAAUGGGCUACUUCACCGAGGUGGGCAUAGGGUGUCCAAGGAGUCUGGAUGAGGCGAAGAGGUGGUAUGGAAGGGCCGCUGCAUACAAGUUUCCCAAGGCGCAGGAACGACUCGAGGAACUGAAGCGUGGUGGGUCAAAAGCCCAGAUGAAGCGCGAGCGUCUUAGUAGGAGCAAUCAGAAGCAGCAGGAAGAGAACUGCAGCGUCAUGUAG